AUGGCCACCAUCACUGCCGCCGCUCGCUGGAGCUCCCCCGCCCGCCUCCAGUUCCUCACUAGCCGCCGCCUCCGCUUCUCCGCCUCCUCCGCCGCGCCGCCCACUUCUGCAGCGGGGUUCGGCUGGGCCGACGCCCUCCGCGUCGCCGGAGACGGCGGGCGCGGCGACGAGUCCGACCUCUCCGGGUACUUCCGGAAGGUUAAGACCUGCAACCGCGGAAUGGACAAAAAGGGGCAGUUCGUGGAGUUCUCCGUGGAGGAUCAGGUCGUGGGGUACAUCCACAAGGGAUUUAUCGAAUAUCUCAGAGACUUUCAUGAUGUUUUUACCAUUGUCUUGGACAACAAUGGUAGCAACACUGUGGAGCAUGUGUCUCUCCACUCAUCGCUAAGGACUCCAGAAGACAGAACACAUGCUAUUGGAAGUGUCAUUAAGAGCCUUGGAGAAAUGAUCCCAGGUAUUCGAAAUGAGCUCUACCCAGUAACAUCAUCUUAUGGCAUGCCUGUGUACUUCUCUCUGGAACGCGCUGCUGCUCCCUACUUUGGUAUAAAAGCUUAUGGAGUUCAUAUGAAUGGGUAUGUUGAGAAGAAUGGUCAGAAAUUUCUUUGGAUUGGUAAGCGAAGUGAUGUGAAGCAAACAUAUCCGGGAAUGCUUGAUCAUCUGGUUGCUGGUGGCCUGCCAUAUGGAAUAUCCUGCAAAGAGAAUAUCAUCAAGGAAUGUGAGGAGGAAGCUGGAAUCGCAAGAUCCAUAUCAACAAAUGCUGCUUCUGUUGGAGCGGUUUCUUAUAUGGAUAUUGAAGGCUUUAGAUACAAAAGGGAUGUUCUCUUCUGCUAUGACCUCAAACUUCCUGCUGAUUUUGUUCCUAAUAAUGAAGAUGGUGAGGUUGAUAGCUUCAGACUAAUCCCUGUUCCACAUGCUGCAAACAUUAUACGGAGGACAGAAUUUUUCAAGCCAAAUUGCAACCUUGUGAUCAUCGAUUUCCUCUUCCGUCAUGGGUACAUAAAUCCGGAUUGUCGUGGCUACCUAGGUCUGCUGCAAAGCUUGAGGAGCGGUGAUUGUUCCUAG